CGACACAUUCCUGCACUCCUGGCAGGUGCUUGCAGAGCUUAUUCACGCUCCAGAGUGUCAGGACAUCAUAGGUGAUGUUGGCAUGCCUGUGAUGCACAAGAAUGUGGCGUACAACUGUCGAGUCAUCUUCCUUAACAAGUGACAAUUGGGCAGAAGAAAUCUUCAGGAAGAGCCGAAAGACUUUCAAACAGUGCUUACAUUUCGAUCGGCUCAGCUGUUGAAAAAUGAAAAGUCUAAAUAACCUAGCCGUAUUUGCGAAAUAAAUACAAAAUACUGCUUUUUAUGAGAAUAGCAUAACAUUCUGUAAAAAAAAUAAACCCUUAAAUAUUUUGUUUAUAUCGUUUAUUCGUAUGAUCAAGUAAAAAGAAACACAUACGAAAAAUAAUCUAAUUUCCUAGUUUCUAGUCAAACUGGAUCAAAGCAUUUAAACAUUGAAUUUAUUAUGUUGGGAUUUUGUAUUUUUGAUGACAGGCAUUAUGCAGGUAAUAUAAAAAAAAAUGCAGUUUCAAUGCAGUUAACUUUAUUAUGUUUUAUAUUGUGUUUAUAAUGCAUCUUUAAAUUAACAUAACCGCAACACUGUCUACUGAUGAUUUUGAAACAAAAAGCAUCAUGUGAAAACAUUUAAUGAUUGAUGGAGAUGAUAUUGUAGAGCUUUAUCACUAAUAUUAUUUAUCUGAGUUAAAAUUGUUUCUAAAAUUUAUUUUUUAUGUAUGUUAAGUGUUUCUAAGGUGGGGUUUUAACUAUAGCGGAUGCUGCUGGAAGUAUGAUGCACCCUGUCCUUUUUGUAGCACCCUUCUGCCCUCAUGGAAAACAGCAUAUGCACCUUUCUGCCCUCAUGGAAAACAUCAUAUGCACCCUUCUGUCCUCAUGGAAAACAGCAUAUGCACCCUUCUGUCCUCAUGGAAAACAGCAUGUGCACCCUUCUGCCCUCAUGGAAAACAUCAUAUGCAGCCUUCUGCCCUCAUGGAAAACAUCAUAUGCACACGUCUGUCCUCAUGGAAAACAGCAUAUGCACCCUUCUGCCCUCAUGGAAAACAGCAUAUGCACCCUUCUGCCCUCAUUGAAAACAUCAUAUGCACCCUUCUGCCCUCAUGGAAAACAUCAUAUGCACCCUUCUGCCCUCAUGGAAAACAUCAUAUGCACCCUUCUGCCCUCAUGGAAAACAGCAUAUGCACCCUUCUGCCCUCAUGGAAAACAUCAUAUGCACCCUUCUGCCCUCAUGGAAAACAGCAUGUGCACCCUUCUGCCCUCAUGGAAAACAACAUGUGCACCCUUCUGCCCUCAUGGAUACAAAACAUAUUUUUGGUACACUUUUUCUUAACGUUUGUAGAAGACGCUGUUUUACCAUGGUAUACUAAAAUAACACCAUUUUAUCUGUAUUUUGCAAGAAAAUGCUUUACGUUGUUUAAAGAUGGAUCUAGAAAAGAGUUGCCAUAGUAACAUAUUUUAAUUGAUGAAUGUUUAUGAUGUUGUUUAGGCACUUUAAACGUUUUUUUCCUUCAUAAGUUUGAGAGUGUUUUUAAAGUAUUCGUAAUGAUAUAUGAAACAUCAUUUGACUUUUUGUUUAUAAAUACAAUUUUGCAAGCAAUUUCAUGCUAUUUCUCAUGUUAUCCAGUUAAGCAAAAUUGCCACAAAAAAUGCUUCAAAAAUAGUACUGCUUCGGAUUUAGCUAAAAACUUAAAUUGUGAUACAUACUGACACCUUAGGUGCUCAUUUUAAAGGCGUCUUCAAAACCCUGAAUCAAUUAUUUAAAAAGGUUUUAACUUGUACCCUUUAACUGUGAAAUGAAAAAAGAAGUGACACCAAACGACAAAAUUCAGGAAAAGUACAAGGAUAUCCUUCUUUGUUAUUAUGUAACACCCUCACUCCAAUCCGCGUCGUACACACUAAGACGUUCGAUCGUAUAUUUAUAGUCAAAACAACCACGUCCGAUGAUACAAGUUUUAUUGUUAGCAACUAUUUAUUUUUUAGUUGUCAAUUAAUUUCUUCCAUUAAACUAGACCACAGCUUACUCUCAGAUCUUAGCUAGGCAGACUACCUCAACCCGGUCUGUAGACCUGAAAAUUUAAACCCAACUACAUUAUCUCAGAAUUUAACCACUUUGCAAAAUAUAACCCACAAUCCUACACAGAAACAGACUCAAAACUCGACUAACUAAUUAACUUACUACUUAUCAAGCUCCGGAUAAGAGUUUAAUACUUCUCAAUUAACCCCAAUAGCAGUUGACAAUUCAGGAAGUAUUUCUUUAUUUCCACUAACAGUUGAAUGACUUCAUGGGAUACCUAUAACCACACGUGAAAAUAAUGAGGGAUUUUUACUGGCUAUCGUCACAAAAAGGAGCUUGUCAGUCAAUAGUUUCAGAGACGUACACAUUAGCAAACCAAUUUGAGAGUAUUUGAGUAAAUAUGGUAAUUAAACUAUUUUCUGGACAGUACUUAAAUUUGUCAUUAACGGUUGACCUAGGGUUGAAUUCGAUUGAUCUCCGAUGGAACCAAGUAAGAUAUGAGUUGAGCAAAAGGCAGAUCAUUUGAUAAUUAUUAUUCAGAUUUUAGGGACAUUCUAAACAUAUGCUUAAGUGAUUGAUUGUUGCAUCUUUUUUCAGAAUAUCUAAUCGACACCUGCCGAUAACGGUAAUGAAGCUCCAAUAAAAAUAAACGCUAUGGCAUUUUGACCACUUAGUAGCCAAAGAUAGAAAUGAUGACCUUACCAGAGAUGAGUUAAUUUUGGCGAGGGUUCUUGUGGUACAAUUAUAAUAAAAAUGUGUCAGUCAAGUGACUGAAAAAUGUAAUUGAGAACCAUGAUUGGUAAACAGUUCAUUACUGGUACUGCCAUGCUUGUAUUAACAUUAGCCAUUUAUAUGUUUUGGAUGAUAUGAUCAUAGGAAAAUACUCCUUAUCCGGCCCAAGAUGAUCCUGUGCGAUGACUUUAACUAUCGGGAAUCUCGCUGGUUCACUGCCUGGAAGAGGGUGAGAGAAACAGAGGAGUUUUACCUGCCUUUGGUGAUCCAGGAUAUCACACUACAGUUGAAAGUGCCAUUUGGAGAUGCAGUGAUAUCAACCUCAGAUACAUGUAUAGGCUCUGAGAUCUGUGAGGAGCUUUGGAGCAUACAGAGUCGUCAUAUAGAUAUGGCCCUUGAUGGUGUUGAAAUCUUCACAAAUGGGAGUGGCAGUUACCAUGAACUGAGGAAGGCAUAUGUUAGAGUUGACCUCAUCAAAUCUGGAACAAUGAAGUGUGGGGGCUGCUACGUGUUUUCUAAUCUGAUGGGCUGUGAUGGGGAAAGAGUUUGUUACGAUGGCUGCUCUGUGAUCGCAGUCAACGGGCAGAUUGUCGCUCAGGGGCCACAGUUCACUCUCAGGAAUGUGACUGUCAAUGUGGCAACUAUCGAUCUAGAAGACAUAAGAGCUUACAGAAACUCAAUCAAAGGCUACUGUGAGCAGAACUCCAGGGCCCCUGUCUUUCCACGGAUGCAUGUGGACUACGCAUUGUCAGGGGAUGAUUAUUUCCUGCCUGUCUCACAUCCCUUCGAGUUUAAGUAUAUACCUGCCGAAGAGGAAAUGUGUCUGGGCCCGGCAUUAUGGCUAUGGGACUACCUGAGGCGAAGUGGCCAUGGUGGUUUCUUCUUGCCACUAAGUGGUGGCAUCGACAGCUCAAGUGUUGCCUGCAUUGUACACUCCAUGUGCCAUCUGGUGUGUGAGACUGUGAAAAACGGAGAUGUACAUGUGUUGUCGGAUAUACGGCGUAUCGUGAGUGACCCCACAUACGACCCAACUGACCCCCAGGAGAUGGUCGGACGGCUUCUGACAACCUGCUACAUGGGAACGGAGAACUCAUCAGCUGAUACCAAGGCCAGGGCAGCUGAACUGGCCAGCCAGAUUGGCAGUAACCAUUUGUCAAUCGGUAUAGACGCAGCAGUUGCUGGAGUCCUGGGAGUGUUCAUAGCUGCCAUGAAGCUGGUGCCAAAAUUUAAGGUCCAUGGCGGCGGAUUGAGAGAAAACCUAGCCCUUCAAAAUGUACAGGCUCGUGUUCGUAUGGUGCUGGCAUACCUGUUUGCACAGCUGUCACUUUGGGCGCGUGGCAGACCUGGGGGACUUCUUGUGCUCGGCACAUCAAACGCUGAUGAAGGACUUAGGGGCAAUAUGACCAAGCAUGACUGUUCAAGUGCUGAUUUGAAUCCUAUUGGCGGAAUCAGCAAGACAGAUUUGAGGUUGUUCAUACGUUUCUACAUCAAGCGAUUUAAAAUCACCGCUCUUAAGGGGAUCUACAGUGCCCCGCCAACCGCUGAGCUUGAACCCCUCAAGGAUGGCAAACUAGCACAAAUUGAUGAGGAGGACCUUGGUAUGACGUACGAUGAGUUGUCUGUGUAUGGCAAGCUGAGGAAACAGCCAGGCUGUGGACCAUACAGCAUGUUCAUUAAGCUUCUACACACAUGGAACUGGCUUACACCGGAACAGGUAGCAGAUAAGGUAAAACACUUUUUCCGGUGUUACGCGAUGAAUCGUCACAAGAUGACGACACUGACACCGAGCUACCACGCAGGGAUGUACAGCCCUGAUGACAACAGGUUCGACCACAGACAGUUCCUCUACAACGUCUCCUGGCCCUGGCAGUUCAAAUGUAUUGACACUCAGGUAAAAAGACUUCAAAAGGCUGAUAUCAGAAAAAAUGAACGAGGGACAUCACAAUCCGAAAACAACAACUAGAGAUUGAUUUUUGAAAAACCGCUUGUCUCCACUCUUGGGUCGUACCUGAGAAAUUAUCAAUGAUAAACAUGACAUUUGUACUUAACGGACUGGAGACGAACCAACAGUGACGUAUUGUUAGGCCUAUUCACCCAAAUAAAACAGAAACAUAC